AUGGACGACUUCCGUGCAGGUCCGGUCAAUGAAGCUUGUUGUGGCACUAGUACCCCCAACGGCAGCAUUAACGUCAGUCCCAUCGAUCAAGCAUAUUAUAGCAUUACUACCAUCAACGACAACAUUGGUGAUGACAGAAAUGACAACAAUCUUAAAGAAAACUGCACCGAUUGUGGUAGCAGCAGUUCACCUUCAGGAACUGAAUUUGAUUUGGAUAAUUAG